CACGGACAAGGACUUCUAGGGAACCUUGCAAGAUGAAACUAUCGCCCGAAUUACAAAUAUCCCUGACAGCUCAAAAGCUGGGUUCAAUUUAAACUAGGACUUUGACCCCCUGACCCCAGCAAGCCCCGCCCCUUCCUGGUUGUCUUAGCGACGGCGGUGGCGUCCCAAGAUGGCGUCGUGGCUGCCGGAGACUCUGUACGAAACUGUAGGACAAGGCCCGGCGCCCAGCAAAGACUACUACCAGUUAUUGGUCACCCGCUCUCAGAUAAUCUUUAGAUGGUGGAAGAUCUCUCUGAGAAGUGAGUAUAGAUCAGCAAGACCUGGAGAAUCAAAAGACACUCAUGAAGACUUCCUGGAUGACUCACACCUUCAGGUUCAGAUUGCCCUAGUAUUUGGUAGAAGAACAUUAGACUAUGUCUUCAACCUGUGCAAAGGUAAAUUCGACUUCCUGGAACGGCUCUCAGACAGUCUGCUCCUGCACAUCAUUGCUUACCUGGAUCUUGAGGAUGUGGCCAGGCUUUCUCUAACUUCACGGAGAUUUGCAAAGCUGUGCAAGUCUGACGUGCUGUGGGAGCAGAUAGUUCAGUCGGCCUGUGGCACCAUCACUCCCGACAUGAGGACCCUGGCAGAGGACAUGGGCUGGAGACAGAUGUUUUUCACCAAUAAGCUCCAGCUGCAGCGGCAGCUCCGCAAGAGGAGGCAAAGACAGGGAAGCCAGCAACAGGGGCACAUCCUUGCUCAGCUGGUCUUACAGGCAUAUUAAUCAUUUAGAGAGCGUCUCCAUAAAGCUGGCAAUACAAGGCUGAUUGGUCCUAAAUGUACCUAACCUAUUUCAUUGUCAAUACUGAAGACAACAGCCGGAUGUGGGGGUGCACACUUGUAAUCCCAACACUCAGGAGGCUAAGACAGGAGGAUUGCUGCAAGUUCAAGGCCAAUCUGGGCUACAAAGUGAGUUCAAGAUCAGCCUUAAUUUUGUCUCAAAAAAGAAAAAAAAAAAAAAAAGGGACAUCCAACUACCAGUAAGCCCUCAGAAAAUCUCCAGUCAUUUCCUUAAACUGAUGAUGAUCACCUGGGAUUCUAGCAGAGUCACUGCAAAACUGAGACUGCUUUAAGCAGAAACAGUCACCUCAUGGAGCCAGGAUUAAGUGGCAUGGACAUCUUGGAGCUGCCUUGUAAAAGAACUGAGACCAUGAUCAGCCAGACCCUCGCACACCCCUGCUGGUCUGUUCCUUGUUAGUGGGUCAGCCUGACCCUCUCCUUUGGAGCUUCAGCUUGAGGAGCUAUUUUUUCUUUCUUCCAACUCUGUCUAAUAACUGGCAUGCAUGUGUCACUGACACAUCCUGAAACGCUUUUCUGCAAUGAUGUCAAAAGCCUGGCCAGGUCAGCUGAGUCUGCGACUUCUUGUCACCUUGUCACCUUGGACCCUGUUCAACAAUAAUCCCAUACUUUAAUAGAUGUGUAUUUUUUCCUAGUCUUUUGUAUAGUAACUGAUAUGGCAAGAUAUUGUUUUUCAUUUGUUUAUUCAUAUGUAGAAAAAAUUUUAGAAACACAUUAGCUGGAUUAAAAUAGAGCUGGCUAUCCAUUUUAAAUUGAACAUUUGGAUCUGAUUUUUUUUUUUUUUUUUUGUCUUUUUGAGACAGGUCUCACUAUGCAAUUAAAGCUAGCGUUGAACUUACUUUGUAGCUCAGGCUGAUCUUGCACUUGCAAUGAUCCUCCUGCCUCAGCCUCCUGAGUGCUGGGAUUACAGGCAUGCACCCACAUGCCUGGCUGCUGGAUCUGACACUUUUUAAGUCAAUGUUUUUUAUUCUUUCCCUCAAUCUUACUAGAACUUAUUUGUUGGGGGGGGGGCUGCUGAGGAUCGAGCUCAUGACCUGAUGCUUGCCAGGCAGGUGCUUAUGCCACUGAGCUGAAUCCCUGGCCUUGCUAGAACUUUUUAAUGCAUUUAUUUAAAUAAUUAAAAAAAUAAACAUUUACAUAAUAGGCUCAAUACUUAACAGUCAUUCCAGGUGAUUCUAUCUGGGUAGUGAUUCUAUCUGGUAUGAUUCUAUCAUAGACAGCUAGGUUAGGUAGGAAUAUUCCAGGCAGUCAGAGCUGGGCUCUCUAAGAAGCUGGUGCAGAAAAUAAGAGUGCAGCAGAGCUGUGGGUGCAGGUACAUUUGGUGAAGGCCAGGCUUUAAGACAAAGACGAAGUGACUAUACCUACAUACCUCCCCGAGGGACAAACAGUAAGACUGAUGUUCUAAACAGGCAUCAGUCACCCAGGUAGGAGACCAAGACCCAGACCCAUCCCUCCCAGCUAAGGUUCUUUCCGUACACGCUUGCCAUGUACUUGUUUCCCCGUUGGAUCGAUAUUACCUAAGCAACUUUAUCUGUAAUCUGAUUGGGUGAUCAUAGUUUUGUCUCACCUUACACCUACUUCAUAAUUUUGUGCUUGCCUCCCAAAUUUGCUGUAUAAAACUUCCUCUGAGAAGUGAGCUAGUGGGCAAUCUACUUUCUGGGUCUCCUUCUGUCUGUCUUAGAAGCUAUCUUUCCCUUCAUAAAUAUUUCCUACUCAACUGUUGUUCUUCAAAAUUCAUUCUUUGAUUUGGGGGAACACAAAUAGCAUAUCAGAUAUCAGCAGGUUGGGAGUUAUAAUAUUUCCUUUGUAUCAUUUGGACCACCUUAUGUCAUCCCUAUAUCAGAUCAAUGACUACAACUAAAGAAAUACUGUUCCAGGUAAUCAAACAUUAGCUACAUUUCAGGAGUGCUUCCUUAGGAGAAAACAAAAAACAAAAACCAAACAACUCCCCCACCAGAAAACCCACCCUGAUAUCUUAUGCAAAACUCACUGACCAUUUUUAAAGAGGACAAACUUUAUUUAGAUAUAUGUAAAUAAAAAUCAUUUGGGAAUAUGAGGGAGCAAUCAUAAAGCACAUGAUAUAUACAAUUAACCCUUUAUGAUAUUUUAAAGAACUAUGUAUAAUAACAAAUAGGAAAUAUUUGCUGUAAUUCUUCAUAUUAUCCUGAUGUCAACAUGAGUAUUGCAAGCAGGUCUUAUUCUAUUUUUGUAAAAUGGGAACUCCCACCGAUCCAGUAGUCGUCACCAUUUCCAUAAAUACAGUAAGUAGCCAAACUGUCCGAAGUGCACGUGAGCGGGUCUAAUUUGAAUGGGAUGAAAGCUGAGUGGCCGGAUGGAAAGUUCCUUUUCCUGAUGCAUCCCCAGCAGUGUGAGCAUCCAAACACAGUAGCACCAUUCAAAAUUUGUAACACUGCGGAAGUGUCAGAAAGUGAAAGUAGUGACAUUUUAGAACAUGCACUGUGUCCUUGGAUCUAAUCCUCCAGUUUUACAGUACACAUACAUAGCACUGCCUCAGCUUUCAGGGAUCCUGUUACCAGAAUGGACGACUGGCUUCUUCCAAGGCAGCCAAAGCCUCUCACGGUAACAGAGAGGUUGCAGUGUUAAACUAAAUGGCGAAUGACGUGCAGUUUAUUGUCUAUAGUAAUUUCCAGGCAAUUCUCAAGUCAUUGGAGGUAAUACUGAGUGUGUAUACUAGGCAUGCUUUUGUUUUGCCUUCUCUUUAGCUGCCUUUUAUUACUAUUGUUUUUUGGUGAUCUUUUCGUUGUACCAUCCUCCCACUAGACUUUAGAGCAGAAAAUAAUGGAGAUGCAACAAAAGGAAACUUGUCUAUUUAAUUACUGUUUAACAGCUCAGAAGGGUUUGGAAUCCAACUGAAAUCGGUCUCACAUUAAGCUUCAUUAACGUUCUAUGGCCCCAAUUCCUAAUAGCAUUCCUAUUGUAAUUACCAAGGAUAACUGAGAACAGGUUGUAUUCACUUUCGAUAAAUUUGACCCCACACACAGCUGUGACAUUGAAGGAUUUAUUUUGCAUGAUGAGCAAAUCGUAAGUAGAAAUUUAUUUCCGUUUUUGCACUGUUGCAGAUGGAACCCAGGGCCUUGCACAUGCUAGGCAAGUGCUCGCUCCUGGAACUGCACCUCCUGCCCUGCAAGGAGGCGUGUGAAUACUUUUUUUUUUUUUUUGUCUUUUUCUUUUUUAUCGGUACCAGGGAUCGAA